AUGUCGUCCCAACUUUUUUUAAAAGAAGGUGACAAUGUUUUCGUGCCUUUUGGACGUGCUGUUGAAAAAUAUCUUAAUGAAUUUGAUCAUUUAAAAAAGGCACGUUUGAAAAAGCAAAGCCGUAAAAAUGUUAGUCGAACUGUAAAAGAAGGGUUAAUAACAGUGUCUGCAUUAUUAGCUCUAUUGCCUCUGGAUUCGAAAAUACAUAAUACCAAUAAAAAAAUAACAGCAACUACGAUGAUUGGCAAUAAUACGCCUGGAAAGAUACCAUCAGGUCCUUAUUCCAAAAAAAAACAUUCCGUCGAUUGUAUUUACCUUUGUUUUUGGGUUCAUGAUACCGGUAACCGGGAUAUUCCUCUUCCGGAGGAAUUGGUAUAG